UGAACGGUGAUAGUGCAGCACAAUCUAGAGCCUUCAACACAGGCAUUUGUGACUCACACUGUUCAGGCCCCAGAGAAAGGCUUCUCCACAUCACUUGCCCUAUGUCUUCAGAAUCCAAGAUGACAGUGUCUGGAUGCUAUCUAGAUUUGUGGGUUCUUCGGAGGCAAGCACUGACCCAAGAUGUGGAAGAAUGUGAGCAGCACAGGUGCUUGAUAGUGCAGUUUUACAAGCUGAAGGUUUACAGCAACCCUCCAUCAACUUGACUUUCAGAUAUUGGCUUCAGAGACAAAGAAAAGGAAGGUGAACGUGUUUGAACAUAAGGAGUUUCCCUUCCUUCAAGCCACGCCAGCCUAUAAGCCUUUAUAAAGCAGUGAAGGCGGUUCCUCCCUUCCCUGGCAGAGACUGAUAAACUCAGCACUUGCUGAGUGGCUCAUUGUUAAGACAAAAGGUGUGCACUUCCUGGCCAGGAAACCUGAGCGGUGAGACUCCCAGCUGCCUACAUCAAGGCCCCAGGACAUGCAGAACCUUCCUCUAGAACCCGACCCAUCGCCAUGAGGUCCUGCCUGUGGAGAUGCAGGCACCUGAGCCAAGACAUCCAGUGGUCCUUGCUCCUGGCUCUCCUGGUCUUUCUCUUCGCUUUGCUCUCCUUUAUUAAGGAUCCUCAAACAAAGCCUUCCAGGCAUCAACGCACAGAGAACUUUAAAGAAAGGUCUCCACAGUCCCUGGCAAAGCCUAAGUCCCAGGCACCCACAAGAGCAAGGAGGACAACCAUCUAUGCAGAGCCAGUGCCAGAGAACAAUACCCUCAACCCACAAACCCAGCCCAAAGCCCACACCACCGGAGACAGAGGAAAGGAGGCCAACCUGGCACCACCGGAGGAGCAGGACAAGGCGCCCGACACAGCACAGACGGCAGCAUGGAAUAGCCCAGAAAAAGAGAAGACCACAGUGAACACACUGUCACCCAGAGGGCAAGAAGCAGGGAUGGCCUCUGGCAGGACAGAGGCACAGUCACGGAAGAGCCAGGACACAAAGGCGACCCAAGAAAAUGGGAGCCAGACCAGGAAGCUGACGGCCACCAGGACGGUGUCGGUGAAGCACCAGGGCAAAGUGGCGACCACGGCCAAGACGCUCAUUCCCAAAAGUCGGCCGCUUAUGCUGGCCCUCACAGGAGCAGUGUCAACAAGAACAAGACAGAAAGGAGUGACCACAGCAGUCAUCCCACCCAAGGAGAAGAAAGCUCAAGUCACCCCACCCCCUGCCCCUUUCCAGAGCCCCACGACGCACAGAAACCAAAGACUGAAGGCUGCCAACUUCAAGUCUGAGCCUCGGUGGGAUUUUGAGGAAAAAUACAGCUUCGAAAUAGGAGGCCUUCGGACAACUUGCUCUGACUCCGUGAAGAUCAAAGCCUCCAGGUCGCUGUGGCUCCAGAAACUCUUUCUGCCCAACCUUACUCUCUUCCUGGACUCCAGACACUUCAACCAGAGUGAGUGGGACCGCCUGGAACACUUUGCACCACCCUUUGGCUUCAUGGAGCUCAACUACUCCUUGGUGCAGAAGGUCGUGACACGCUUCCCUCCAGUGCCCCAGCAGCAGCUGCUCCUGGCCAGCCUCCCCGCUGGGAGCCUCCGGUGCAUCACCUGUGCCGUGGUGGGCAACGGGGGCAUCCUGAACAACUCCCACAUGGGCCAGGAGAUAGACAGUCAUGACUAUGUGUUCCGAUUGAGCGGAGCUCUCAUUAAAGGCUAUGAACAGGAUGUGGGGACUCGGACAUCCUUCUACGGCUUUACUGCCUUCUCCCUGACCCAGUCACUCCUUAUAUUGGGCAAUCGGGGUUUCAAGAACGUGCCUCUCGGGAAGGACGUCCGCUACUUGCACUUCCUGGAAGGCACCCGGGACUAUGAGUGGCUGGAAGCGCUGCUUACGAAUCAGACGGUGACGUCAAAAAACCUUUUCUGGUUCAGGCACAGACCCCAGGAAGCUUUUCGGGAAGCCCUGCACAUGGACAGGUACCUGUUGCUGCACCCAGACUUUCUCCGAUACAUGAAGAACAGGUUUCUGAGGUCUAAGACCCUGGAUGGUGCCCACUGGAGGAUAUACCGCCCCACCACUGGGGCCCUCCUGCUGCUCACUGCCCUUCAGCUCUGUGACCAGGUGAGUGCCUAUGGCUUCAUCACCGAGGGCCACGAGCGCUUUUCUGAUCACUACUAUGAUACAUCAUGGAAGCGGCUGAUCUUUUACACAAAUCAUGACUUCAAGCUGGAGAGAGAAGUCUGGAAGCGGCUACACGAUGAAGGAAUAAUCUGGCUAUACCAGCGUCCCAGUCCUGGAACUACCAAAGCCAAGAACUGACCGGGGCCUGGGCUGCCGUGGUCUCCUUGCCUGCUCCAAGGCACAGGAUACAGUGGGGCUCUUGAGACUCUUUGAUCCUUUCCCAGGGCUCAGACCAAGCUCCAAGCCCUUCAGGAGUUCCGAGGGAACACUUGAGCCAAGGACAAGACUCUCUCAAGAUGGCAAAUGGCUAAGUAAGGUUCUGAAGUUCUUCAGUACACUGCGGUCGGUCCUGGUGGAGAUUCCUGAGGCCAGGGAUUUUUAACGAAAUGGGGUGAUAAGUGGUGAAUACCACAGUUCCUGGUGAAAAACACUCUUCCAGCCCAAAAGCUUCUUGAUACAGAGAAAAGAGCCUGGAUUUACAGAAACAUAUAGAUCUGGUUUGAAUUCCAGAUCGAGUUUGCAGUUGUGAAAUCUUGAAGGUAUUACUUAACUUCACUACAGAUUGUCUAGAAGACCUUUCUAGGGGUUAUCUGAUUCUAGAAGGGUCUAUACCUGUCCUUGUCUUUAAGCUAUUUGACAGCUCUAUGUGUUGUAGAAAACUGAUAAUAAUACAAAUGAUAUGUUGUCCAUGGAAAUGCAAAUAAAUUUUGUACAGUGAAGAUGCA